AUGAACUGCAUCGUUGGAGGUGGUCAUGCCUUUAUACUCAGGGUAUCCAGUUUGUUUGGUCUGGCUCCGCUCCGCUUCGAGCCUCGAGGAAAUGGCUUCACGGUCAGAAUUUCGAAAGGGAUGUGCAUCUACAGCUAUAUUCUGAUCACAGUCCUGGUCAUUUUCACCGUAUGCGGUCUAUGCGCUGAAAUCAACGUUGGCCUAGAGCUAUCAGUGAAAAUGUCAACCCGGAUGUCCCAGUUUGUGUCUACAUGUGAUGUGCUGGUUGUGGCGGUGACGGCUGGCGCUGGGGUGUACCAGGCGCCCAAGAGGAUGCGCAGCAUGAUCAGUUUCAUGGAUAGUGUGGCAGCGGUGGAUGAAAGUAUAGGGGCGCAGUACUCCAGGGCUACAGAGCGCAAGCUUUGCGCCAUGCUAGUGGCCGUCCUGAUCUUCUUCACGAUUCUCAUUACUGAUGACUUCUGCUUCUACGCGCUACAGGCAAGAAAACUUGAUAGACAGUGGGACGUGGUGACCAAUUACGUCGGGUUCUACUUACUGUGGUUCGUGGUAAUAGUCCUGGAACUUCAGUUCGCGUUCACCGCGCUUUCGGUUCGCGCGCGUUUCCGGGCUGUCAAUGAUGCAUUGGCGCUCACUGCUAAGCAUAUUAAUUUACCUGUGGAAAAAAUCCAGGAGCAAUCGCCUUUAAAUAUAUUUGCGAUACGCGUGGCGUCUGAGUCGCAUCGGGCUCAUAACAUCAGUUUACUGGUUGAUUGUCUACCGCUCACCACCAAAGGACAUCAAGUUAUUAUACGGAAAGGAGUGAGUGGAAGGCCCAAACUCGUGGUGGGACCAUGUGAGGCGAUACGCCGGCUUGCACUUCUCCACGGGACCUUGUGCGAGGUCGUGCACAGGAUAGAGCAGAGCUACGGCCUUCCCCUCGUAAUAAUCCUCAUAUCAACGCUGCUGCACUUGAUUGUAACACCGUACUUCAUGAUUAUGGAGAUCAUAUUAUCGACGCACCGGAUUCACUUCUUGGUACUACAUUUUUUCUGGUGUGCGACCCACGUGCUGAGGAUGCUAGUUGUAGUGGAGCCCUGUCACUACACCAUCACUGAGGGUAAGAGAACAGAGGAGCUGGUAUGUCGCCUGAUGCGCGCUACACCGUCUACCGGCACCCUGCUCUCACGACUGGACCUGUUCGCGCGGCAGCUGAUGCUGCAGUCCGUCUGCUACUCACCCAUGGGCAUGUGUACUUUGGGACGACCGCUUGUCGCUUCCGUUUUUGGUGCAGUCACAACCUACCUGGUUAUAUUGAUACAGUUUCAAAGAUACGAUUCGUAA